AUGGAAAAGCAACGACCCGUUAUCGAACUCGACGGGAGGACAGGUGAAGGAGGCGGCCAGCUGGUGCGCAUAGCAUGUGCACUCGCCGCCGUCGCCACCGUCCCAAUCCGCAUAACACAUGUCCGUGGGAAUCGUGAAGGCCCUCGGGGAGGUGCCAAAGGCGGAGGUCUCAAAUCCCAACACGUCACCGCCAUCGAAUAUCUCGCCACAGCAACCAACGCCGAAGUCGACGGACUCUCCGUCGGCUCUCACACCCUCGAUUUCCGCCCUCGCCUCAAGCCCUCCUCCCUCAAAUCCCGCACCAUCAAGAUCGAAGCCGACUCCCCCGCCGCUUCGACCCUCCUCAUCUUCCAGGCCAUCUUUCCCUUCCUUCUAUUUUCUGGCAGCAGCGACAAGGUCGACGAGCCAAUAACGCUCGAGCUCUCGGGCGGAACCAACGUCUCCUUCUCCCUCAGCUACGAGUACCUCGACCAAGUCCUCUUACCAACCCUCGAAAACGCCUUUGGCAUCGUCGUGCAGCGGAAGCUGAUUUCCCGCGGGUGGAGUCUGGGUAAAGCAUCACGGGGAAAGUGCUCGUUUCAGUUCAACCCUCUUAGGGCAGGGGAGACGUUAACGUUCAAGGACAAUGGGUUGGGCGAGAUUUACGGCGGUGGUCCGGGGGAUGUCGAUCUCGAAGCUAUUAACGUGUCGAUGAUCGUCCCCUUUUCCAUGCAAGAGUCCAUGAUGCAGGCACUCGUGACAGACUUGGAGGAGAUGUUUCCUGAUGUGGAGGUCAAUUUCAAGGUGACGGAGGAUUCGGGGCAGGACUCGAGGAUAUACGUCCUGCUGGUAGGAAGGUCGGGCGAACUAAGGUGGGGGAGGGAUAUGCUCACUUCGACGCCGAAGAAGACAAAGGCUAAGGGGUCGGCGAUGAGCUCGGAGUCGUUGAGCCAGAGUUUGUCGAGGAAGUUGUGCAAGGAACUGUUUGACGAAGUUUCUGCGGGGGGCGUGGUGGAUGAGUUUUUGCAGGACCAGCUGGCGAUUUUCCAGGCUUUGGCUGAGGGAAAGACGUCGUUCCCGCGGACUCAUGAUGAGAAUGGCGAGUUGGAGCAGGCCUUGAACAAGCUCAGCCUGGAUGAGAAGUUACGGAAGGAUAAGACUAUCAUUCCGUUUGGAGAGGGGAGUUUGCAUGCCAAGACAGCCAGGUGGGUGACGGCGGAGCUGUUGCCUGAGGUCAAGUGGUACAACAAGGGGAGGAUAUGCCAUGGUGUUGGUAUGCAGAUGGAGAAGAUGUCAACGCGGUAA